AUGCCGCUCGCGGCGCGCCCUGACUGCGGGGACGCGCAGUUCGCGGGCCUGGAGUUCGGGUACACGAGCAAUGUGCGCGAGACGCUCGAGAAUGCGUUGCAAGCGGGCUUCGACUUCGCUGUGCUGCCAAUAGCGCACGCGAGCUCCCGGCGGACCGACCCGGGCAGAGCGGGGGGCGGGAGCGUGGCCGACGUGCCGCCGUUCACGCACUCCGACAUGGACCUCACGUCCGCGGAGUGGUCCACGCGCGUGGUGUCGACUCUGAGCCCCUGGGCGUCGCCCGACUGCCCGAACGACGCCCUGCGCAAAGACAGCGAGUUCACGCUCGCGCAGGAGCUCUCCUGGGCGCUGCACCUCGGCGUCGGCGCCGUGAUCACGCCCCCCCUGCGCGGCCCCGACGCAGCGAACCUCGCCCGCCUGCUGUGCGCCGUCCUGCGAGACACCGGCACGCGCACGCAGGCGUGGGUCCGCGUCCCGGCCACGGCCCCCGCGCAGGACGCCGAGGACUACGUCGCGGAGGCAGCGGCGGCGACCGCCACGCUGCAGGAGCACGGGCUGCUCGCCCCCGAGCCCGACACGCCGCGAGCGAUACGCGCGGGGUCCGCGGGGCGCAGGCGCACGGGCGGGGACCCCGCGGGCCCCCCCGCGGCGCGCCCGGUCUCGCCGGCGGCGGCAGAGGACGGGGGAGUGUUGGGGGGUGUCGGACGCGCACGCCAGACGGACGGACAGGGCGCCGAGGGGGAUACGUGGGAGUGGUGGGACCAGCUCGCGACGUUGUGCGGGCGGCACAAGCUCCUGGGGAUAUGUCUCGACAUCACGCGCGGCGUGUCGCUGCCCAGGAUGCGGCGGUGGCUCGGGGAGCCCGUGCGCGCCCUCAGCAUCAGCACAGACGCCUUCCUGGCCAACAACCGGGGGUACCCGGUGCUCCCGCGGCGGAUCCAGGAGGUCCUGCGGACGUUCUUCCGCCACGGCGUGCAGGUCGUCCUCUCCGGGCCCCCGCUCAUCACUCCCCCGGAGGACGCAACUGCUGCGGCGCGGCACCCGCUCGCGGCGUACCGCGACUACCUGGCGUACGUGCUGACGUCCGUGGAGCAGCCGGCCGAGGGCGAGCUCGCGGUGAUGCACGCCGACGACGUCCUCCAGGUCCCAUUACAGCCCCUAAAAGACCACCUGGAGUCCUCCACGUAUGAAAUAUUCGAGCGAGACACCCCCAAGUACUCGGCGUACGAGCGGGCGAUCGCGCGCGCGCUCGCGGACCGCGCGAAGGCGGACGCGGACGGCGCGCCGCGCACGCAGGUGUGCAUGGUGGUGGGCGCGGGGCGCGGGCCGCUGAUCAAGUGCGCGCUGGCGGGGAGCGCGCAGACGGGCGUGCCGGUGCGCGUGUACGCGGUGGAGAAGAACCCGAACGCGCUGAUCACGCUGCAGCACAUGCACCACGCGGAGGGUUGGGGCGACCGCGUGGUGCUGGUCUGCGAGGACAUGCGCACGUGGCAGUUCCCCGAGGCCGCGGAUCUGAUUCUGUCGGAGCUGCUCGGCUCGUUCGGGGACAACGAGCUGAGCCCGGAGUGCCUGGACGGCGCGAUGCGGGCGCUGCGGCCCGACGGCGUUGCGAUUCCUGACAGCUACUGCAACUACCUGCAGCCGGUGUCGUCCGCGCAGCUGCGUCAGGGGCUGGAGGACCUGGGCGAGGACGGCAGGUUCUUCGAGACGCCGAUCGUGGUCAAGAUGAAGCGGUUCUGCGCCGUCGACUCGCCGCAGAAGGCCAUGACGUUCGCACACCCCGCACCAGGCGGCCAGCCGCCGGACAACGAGAGGUACGUCGUUCUUACAUUUCGCGUCCCGGACGACCAAGGAGCGCGCAACAUCGACGGGUUUGCGGGGUACUUUGACUGCCACCUGUAUGAUGACAUUUCUCUGUCGAUCGUUCCCGGCGCCCACACGCCAGGCAUGUACUCGUGGUUCCCCGCCUUCUUUCCGCUGCGUUCUCCCGUCCGCUGCGCGCCGGGCGCGACCGUCGAGCUGCACAUGUGGCGGCGCGUGGGCGCCGCUGCCGUGUGGUACGAGUGGGCGGUGACGGCGCCGCACGCCACGCAAAUUCACAACCGCGGCGGCAGCAAGUACGAAGUCGGCCUCUUCUAG